GUAAAAGCCUUUUUACAUGAGCAGACAGAGAAACGAUACAAGAAAUAUAACCAGAUUUAGGUCUUAUUCAACUUUCCUUGGACAUCCAGUCAGUGCUAGAGAAACGAUACUUGAUAUAUACCAAGAUUUAGGAAUUAUUGGUAACGAUUAGCGGAGAUCUGACGAAUGAUAUCUUAGUGAAGGACUCUUAGAAAAGAGCUUCUUCAUUCCAGACUUAUUUAAUCUGAUUGACACGCCUUUGUUAUGAAGUAGCCGUCCCAUCAGCGUAAAAGCAACAAAAUAAUACUUUUCUGACGGAUAUAAAAGGAUAUAAAAUGGAGAAACGUGAACUACAAUAAAAUGGCAAAUGUGUUGAAAUUAUUAGUGUUGUUUUUCUGUGAUAUGUGCUUAGGUCUGGAUUUAUCAAUACAGAUUGUCGCUCCGGAAAGAAGUGGGGAAAAUGACCUUAUAACAGCGGCUAGAACUGCAAGUUUUGCCGUUAAUGGCGGCAGAUUUAACCGAAUAGUAGCUGAGGGGCAUAGAGUCACACCCGGUGUAUCAUUUGUAACUAAUGUAAACGCAAAUCCCUAUCGAAUAACAGAUUUCUACUGUUAUGAUGUAUUUUUAAACAAUGCGAGUGUUGUAAUGAAUAUUAAUUACGGAUAUGAUACGUCAAUUGCUUCGGAUUAUAUAGUUAAUACUGCAUUAAAUCUUGGAAUACCUGUUAUCAGCUGGGACCCAGUUUUUCCAAGUUCUUUUGAGGUUGACGAAGAACGCCUUGUUUUACAGCUAGCGCCAGCCAUUCACCAUGAGUGUGAAGCUAUGUUUUUGAUGAUGGAGAGAUAUAACUGGACAGAAUUUUCAAUCGUGACAUCAUGGGAUAUCGGUGGAGAUUUUAUUCAGUGUAUGGAAUUAAUGGUCAACCGUACAAGCAUACGACAAGGUUACAUAACAAAACCGAGGUUUAUUAAUAUAGCUACAGUUAUAUUUGAUAAAAUAGACACAUUUGAAGGGAGCCUUUUACCAUCUGGAAGAGCGUAUGUUUUGAAACAAUUGCAAAAACUUAUCAAAGCAAGAAGUCGGAUUAUUUUCUUUCAUACUAGACCGGUUGAUGCAUUCAAUAUUCUAGACAUUGUAAAAGAAAUGAAUUUAAUAGGAGAACAUUUUGCUUGGGUACUGACAUCAGGUAGUAUAGGAGAAAUUGAGGAGGGGAGUGGAACACCAAUGCACGAAGGUAUCUUAGCUAUAAGCAAGAGUAGGUCUCAAGAAAAGAUUACAGAAGGUAUACAGAAUGCGAUCAAAAUUUAUGGUGAAGCCGUUAAAUCCUUAUUGAAAUCAGGAAUUGACAGUGAUCAACUACAACCUGACUUCUCCUGUGACUAUGACAAUGCUUUGUUAAAGUGGAUAGAUGGUAAAAAAUUAUAUAAUGAGAUGAAAAAUGUUGUUCUCAAGCCGUCCAAAAAGUCGGAUAUCCCAAUCCAGUUUACAGAGAACGGUGUAAUAGAGCAUGUAGAGCUUGACCUGAUGAACGUUCGACCGCCAAAAGUACCAAGAAGAUUUAUUAACACACAAUGGGAUAAGGUUGGUCGAAUUUACCCCAGAGCUGAAGGAAAUGAUAUAAGUCUUAAUUUGGUCAUAGAUGAAAUAGUUUGGCCUGGUCGAUUAGCCACUCCUCCCAAAGGAAGACCAGAAAAACGUUCAUUUAGAAUUGUAACAAAAGAAGAACAGCCGUUUAUGAUAUUUUUGCCACCAGAACCUAAUGGAAAAUGUGGACAUCAUCAAGUUCCUUGUUUAGUCAAUACAGGAAGAGAUCCCGGUAAUACUGGCUACCCGAAUGGAACUAUGAGCUAUUGUUGUGCGGGAAUGUGUGUUGAAAUCCUUGAAAGGCUUGCAGAUGAACUAAAUUUCGAGUAUACUUUGUAUGAAGUCCCUGAUAAGGAAUGGGGAGUGCAGGAUCCAGUGACAAAAGAGUGGAACGGAUUAAUUAAAGAGCUGUUAGAGGAAAAGGCAGACAUGGUUGUGACAAAUUUUAUAAUAGAUGAGAUGAGGCUAGGAAUUAUCGACUUCUCCACACCGUUUCUGAGAUCUGGGGUUACAAUUAUGGUGUCCAUCAGAAAAGGAGCAAUUUCCCCGUAUGCUUUUCUAGAACCCUACGACUUUUAUUCCUGGAUACUGAUCCUUAUAUUCAGUGUCCAUGCGACUGGAGCGUCCAUAUUUAUCUUCGAGUGGUUAAGCCCGAGUGGUUUGGAUCAGGGAAAAACGUCAACAGUAGAUCAUAAAUUCUCAUUGUUCCGAUCGUUCUGGCUGAUAUGGGCAAUGCUUUUUGGAGCGGCUGUUUCCAUUGAUGUUCCCAGGGGAGUUUCCAGCAGAUUCCUAGCAAAUGUUUGGGCUUUAUUUGCCCUUGUGUUUCUGGCCAGCUAUACUGCUAAUCUCGCAGCAUUUAUGAUAACAAUAGACGAAUAUUACGACCUUUCUGGGAUAGAAGAUUGGAGGCUGUUAAAGCCAACAACACUGACCCCACAUUUCAAAUUCGCUACUAUAAAUAGUACCAGCACAGACAGCAAUUUAAAAACAACAUAUCCUAACAUGCAUAAAUACAUGUCAAAAUACAGUCAACCAGAUGUACAAACAGCCAAGGAAAAAUUAAAGAAUAACACUAUUCAUGCGUUUAUAUAUGACGCCAAUGUGUUAGAAUAUACUGCUGGCAGGGACGAGGAAUGUUCUUUACUCACAGUUGGAAGGUGGUACGCAAUGUCAGGGUAUGGUGUGGGCUUUAAAAGAGGGUCAGUUCUGAGAGAGGAGGUUGAUGAAGUUAUUCUGAAUAUGCAGCACGCAGGUGAUAUAGAACGUCUAGAAAAAUUCUGGUUGUCAGGUGCUUGUCAUGCCAAAAAGGAGAAAAAAGACAAACGAAGCAAUAAAAUUGGAAUAUUAAAUUUUAUAAGUGCUUUUAUAUUACUAGCAGCGGGUGUUUUAUUAAGUGUGAUAUUAAUAGUGUUAGAACAUUUGUACUUUAAAUCGGGAAGGAAAUGUUUAAAGAAAUAUGAUAAAUGUGGAUGUUGUGCUCUAGUAAGUUUGAGUAUGGGUAAAUCAUUAACUUUCGAACAGUCAGUAUUUGAAGCUAUUGAUAUUCAACGUAAACAUAAAUGUAAAGAUCCUAUAUGUGAGAUGAAUAUCUGGAAAGCAAGACACCAGUUGGAUAUUGCCUUAUUAAAGAUCAAGAAUAUGCAGAAGGAAAUAGAUCAAGCGUGUAAACCAUCAGGGUCAGAGGUAGAAACAAACGCGGUUGUCAGCAGUAGCUCACAUUGAGUACAGACCUUCCUAAAACAUUAUACAUCCCCAUUCUUUCUGUCCAUAGUAUUUUCAAAUUAUCUGACAAUUAUGGACAAAUGUUAAAGUGUGAAUAUUUUUAGAAGUGCAAGACAUUGCGUAAAUGGAUCAUUGCAGGAAUACGUGACCAAGACCGAUCAAUAUUAAAUGCUAAUUUCAUCCAUUCAUUGCACAAAGCAUUUCCUGUUAUGUAUCAUUUAAGCUUGAAAUAUAUGAAGAAAAGUCUACUGUACACAAUAUUUGACAUUCAAAUUAUAUAUCUAUUUAAUAUCUUCUCCAGUUAACACCAAUCCGCUUCAAAAGUCGUCAUCGACACACAACAGAAACAAAAAAUAGAACGGACUGUAGUAGAUUUGAUUAUGUAUAUUUUUUUACUUUACAUCAGUUAUCACUUGUAAUUUGUAUAGGUUUCUAUUUGCAAUUACAAUUUGUUCCGUAACAAUGGUUAGGUCACGUAUUUGUCAGCAGUGUGCCAUGGUUUAGCUUGCUACUUAUUGUUUGACAUGUGCUGCGAUGACUUGAAUAUGUGUUGUGAGUUUUGCUUGAUUUCUCUAUUGAAGACAAUUGAAAAUUGUUUGAGAUUUAUUGUCAUUUGUCUAAAAUGAAAUGUUACAUGUUGCUCAGUUUUACUUACAUAUCCCCCAUUUGAAGUUUUCCGCCCAUGAAUUACUUCUUGAGUAAUACAAUAUUGAAAGGAUGAAAAUUAAUUCUUCUCUGCAGUAUGAAACACCAUAACAGUAAUUGUUGUACUAGCUAUAUAUAGAAGGUAAACUUUGAAAGCACUAUUAAAGGCUAUUGAAGUUCAUUAUGUAUAUUUGUUGUUAUCAGUACAGGUUUAAAAAAAUCUUUGAAAAUGCUCUAUAUAUUACACAGGUGACAUCAUAAGUCAUCUUUUAAAAUUUUAUGACAAAGUUGCAUACAAAAGAAUGAUAGUUUUAUAUCAAAUAUUUUCAAAGGAUAAAAUUAAGAUGUUUUACAAGCUAUCACUGUUGUUCAUUUAGAGGGCAUUUUUUGUCUGUCUUAUCAA